GGCUGGGAUGGAGCGGCUGCGCGUCCGGUCCGUGUGUGGGAUGCAGUACAAGUCUGCUGCAUGGGCGCAGACAAGUGGAGCUGUCUUAAGGAGAAGAUGAAAACAACUACCUGUGAUCCGACUGCCGACUCUGCCUCUGCAGCCCUUUAGGGUGCACCCCCCCCACACCCUCACCAGCACCACCACCACGCCGCCCCCACCACUGCUGUAAUAUUUAUGAAAAAAAAAAAGCGGAGGGAAAUUAUUCUGGUCACGUUUUUGGGCUGACAGCCGGCUGUCCUGAGGAGCGCCGGAGUGGAUCUGUGUCCACCGCAGCAGAUAGAGCACCCACACCUGCAGUAGGAUGUAAAGGGAAUUCCCGCUCGGCAACUGAGAUCCUGGUCGCGAAAGGUGUUGUACGUCCAGAAGUCAGGAGAAGGCAGAGCAUGGUGCAUCAUCGCUGCCUCUGUGGCUAUGUGUGAAGGCGCCCUGCGGUGUCAAUGGAGACCGAAGGCUAUCGUGACCUCCUGGAGACCAGUGAUGGUCAGGGGGUAAGCCUGCCAGACGGAGGGGGCGGGGGCGGGACGGAGGAGGGCUGGAGCACCCCGUACCCUCUGGGAUUCCAGAUCUCUUUGACCACUGUGCUGAUCCUGGAACUGGUGCUGGGUUUCAGCAGCAACCUGACCGUGCUGGUGCUCUACUGCGCCCAGUCCAAUUUGGUGGACUCGGUCAGCAACUUGGUCACAGUCAACCUCCACGUGCUGGACAUAUUAGUCUGCGUCCUCUGCCUGCCUCUGACGGUGGCUGUGAUCCUGUUGCCAGCUCAUGGGAGCGGACUCGGCAGCCUGGCUACGCUGUGCUGCUUCCACGAGGCCUGCGUCACCUUCACCAGUGUGGCUACUGCAGUCAACGUUCUGGUCAUCAGUUUGGACAGGUACGACAUCUCGGUGCGCCCAGCCAGUCGCCUCCUGACCCCUCGGCGCGCAGCGCUGCUCCUAGCAGCCGUGUGGGCCGUGUCCCUGGCCGUCUUCUUUCUGCCCUUUCUGGAGGGCGACUUCUUUUCAUCGACCUCUGAGGAGAGUCGGGAAGACGACCCAGAGGGCCCGGAUCGUGACUCUGAGGUCACCGCUGGAGUGACAGCCUACUUUUCUUCUUCGCCCCCCACUUUUUUACCUUCUGCAGCCCCUUCAUCUGAAUCCCACAACCUUCCGCCAGUGUGGCAGAACCGGACUCUGCUCUGCGUUGGAGGUCAGGGCUAUUACACAGGCCUGGCUAUGUACUACCACUUGUUGCUGCAAGUGCCAUGCUUCUUCAUCGCUGUAGUCGUCAUGCUCUUCACCUACUCCAAGAUCCUGCAGGCUCUCAAUAUCCGCAUCGGCUCCCACAUGAUGAGAGGCUCACGCACAAAGGACUCCACAUGCCGGAUACGCUGCAAACGGUGGAAGCGAAAGGACCUUAGCCUACCAACAGACAUAGCUCCCUCCAACCAAAACCAGAACUUGGGCCACCCUCCCCUGAUGCCCUCGCCUACUCCAACCCCAACAUCCCCGCCAGCCCUCUCCCCUAUGCCCCAGACCAUGUCUGACAGUGGCGCGACGGUCACGACGGUCAGCACCGCGGCCACCACCCCAAUUGCCACCACGCCAGCCACUCCAGCUUCUCCAACCCCAGCCUCCACGUCCAACCCGACCCAUGCCACCUCGCCCCUGCCGGCCUCCUCGAUGGGCGUCCAAGCCUCGGUCUCUGCCAUCAUUGCCCUGAGGCGGGCAGUGCGACGUCACAGGGACCGAAGAGAACGUCAGCGCCGCGUCUUGAAAAUGUCACUAAUCAUCAUAUCCACUUUCAUGGGAUGCUGGGCCCCGUUAUCUGCCGUCAACGUACUGAUUCUUUGUUUGGGUCCGAGUGACGGCCUCGUGCGGAUCCGCCUGUGCUUUUUGGCAAUGGCCUACGGGACCACGAUUUUCCAUCCUCUCCUCUACGCUUUCACGAGACAGAAAUUGCGGCGAGCGCUCAAGACGCGCGUGAAGAAGCGGGUGGUGUCUCUCUUGCAGGUGGACCCGGCUCCCAGUGGGGGGACGGUAAUUCACAACUCCUGGGUGGACGGGGGAGGCAAACGGAAGAGUCGCAAGCAGCGCGUGGAGGCGAGCGACGGCACCGAUCGAUGUCUCACGGAGGCGGUGCGGGAGUGAGGCGCUCUUCGCUCCACGUGUGAGUGUGUGCAUGAGUCGGGGCGUGGUGUGCAUUUUGCUAAAUUGCCAUUGAUGGAUCGUGGGGAACUGAACUGCUGAACUGUGUAGGAAUAGCGAGAAACUACUCACUUUACAAAUGUCAGUACAAAUCCAAUAACCUCGGUCCAGGCAGACGUGAUGACGGCAGAGUUCUCUAAUCGGCGCCGCUCUACGUGCAAAGACCCUCAUUUCUCCACUUCCUGACAGACUAUAUAGAUAUAUAUAUACACAGAACAUAUGGUCCCGACAAACUCCUUUGGGCAGCAACAGUGAAGCAGGGUUGCCUUGUCUGUAACCUUUGGUCCAGCGUGGGGUCAAAGGUCAGCCAACAGAUGUAAACACUGCAGCCCCAGCACUUUAUCGCCGCGUGUGCAUGUCCACGUGCACAGACGACACAUACAGGCACCGCUGGCCCGCAUAUUGUCCUUUUCUGUGAAAGCACAUCGAUACCUACCUGCACAGAUGUUCUCAGUGUGAAAUCUUUGAAUAGUUUCUUUCCUUUCUGUGUUCAUUUACUGCCUUAAUUCAUUCAGUAAUAUCUUCUUAUGGUGCUGAACGUCCCGCUGUACGUCUACACAAGCAUUAGACAGAAAGCCCACGCACAUCUUCGUGGUGUCGUUCAACGCAAUAUUUGUGUAAGAACAAGUUUACAGCAUUUCAAAGUGAAACUAACCAGGAAACUGCAAAGUAAAGCUCUUUCAUUUCAUACAAGCGCCAUUGUUCUUUUAGUGUGCAAGUGUAGGCUGGUGAGUUGUUUUCUUUUUUCCGAUUGAGGAGAGGCAAGUGUGCAUGUGCGUGUGUGUGAAGUUACUAUAAAUAUGUGCAAUAACUUUCGAGCAAUGACCCGAGGAUGUGAGCAAAGAGAAUGUGAACACAGAAUUGUGGCUUUUUCUAUUUGAACUUCACUCUGAAGGAGGGGAGACUUUGACCGACAGCUGGAGGUGGUUGGGGCUAAACUGAGGAGACGCACUUGUAUCUAUAUGUAAAAUAAUAUUGGCUGCAUCACAUCACCUAUUUCAACAUAAGUAAGAAGGGCAAUGUUUUGUAAAGAAGUACUCACUAAACGUGUCCAUGAGUACCUUACACCUCAGAAAUACUAGUGAGGAUAUAACACACAGACAUACAACACCUCACCGAACCGUGGAGGACAGACUAACCACUGCUGGACGUUGAAUGUCUGAAUCAAGUCCUGGACGUAUUGCACUCCACACGCGUCUCUUGAUCUCCUCAGGGCCUGAUGUCUCAUUUGAAAUUGUGCUGUACUUAUACCAACAAAGCAGCCCACUGUUGUAAUCUAAAUGUUGUGCUAGGUUCAGAUUUGAUCACAAAGUAUUUACAAUACACUUUGCAUUUUGUACGACACAAAUAACUGGAGAGCUUUUUUGGCUUCAGGCGGUCUCCCCUCGCCCUCCUCCCUUUUACACUCUUUGUGAGCCAGACAGAAGCCGAUAUUUCUUGUGUGUUUGUGUGCAUUUUUCAGGGAUGUAUAUAUUAACGUUUGGUUCUGUUUUUAUCUACUCUGUGUAAUAGUUUAUUUAUUCUCACUACAUCUGCCGGACAGACAAACAACCAUGGUGAAAAAUGAGUUCAUGUUAUGUGUAAUCCUAUUUGUGUAUGUGUGUAUACUGUACUGUACAUUAAUGAGCCUGUGAAUAGAGAAAUAUUAGCAUUGGCAUAGCUUUAUAUAUGUGUUACUGUAUAGAAUAAGAAUCUUAAUAAAAAAAGCCAACUAUGUAAA